AUGCGGGUUCCGUCUCUUGCGCGGUUAUCACUGCGCCAUGCUGCUCUGCGAAGUGGCAACGCAGGUGUCUGCACGCGUGGAUUCGCCACGACCGUCCUUCCAUCACAUAAUCGCCACGCCGUCCGAGCACAGAACCACGAGAGAAUAGGACAGCAUCUACAGCAAUGGCAGACGCGACGGUGGCAGUCCGGUGCGGCUGCUGCGGUGUUGGAAACGGCAAUGCACGAUCCCACCUCGCUCUCUCAGGACGCCAUUGUCGAGAACCUUGAUCCCGUCGAAGCCGCUCGUCUGGAUAAAGUGCGCAACAUUGGAAUCGCCGCACAUAUCGAUUCAGGAAAAACCACUGUGACCGAGCGUGUGCUAUUCUAUACCGGCCGUAUCAAGGACAUCCACGAAGUGCGAGGGAGAGAUGCAGUUGGUGCAAAGAUGGACAGCAUGGAUUUGGAGAGAGAAAAGGGCAUCACCAUCCAAUCUGCUGCGACGUUCUGUGACUGGAUCAAGAAGAUGCCCGAUCCCGUUACUGGAGAGUUGAAAGACGAGAAAUACCACGUAAAUUUGAUCGAUACCCCUGGUCACAUCGACUUCACGAUCGAGGUCGAGCGAGCGCUGCGUGUGUUGGAUGGCGCCGUGAUGAUUCUGUGUGCUGUUUCUGGGGUGCAGUCGCAGACCGUGACUGUGGAUCGUCAGAUGAAGCGCUACAAUGUUCCCAGAAUCUCAUUUGUGAACAAAAUGGACCGCGCUGGCGCGAAUCCGUGGAAGGCUGUGGAUGGUAUCAACCAGAAACUCAGAAUACCCGCUGCUGCAGUCCAGGUCCCCAUUGGUGUGGAGGACGACUUCAGGGGCGUGGUGGACCUUAUCCAGAUGAAGGCCAUUUACUCCGAAGGCCACAAGGGAGAGGUUGUCCGUGUAGACGACGUGCCAGCGGAUGUGCUCGAACUGGCGCAGGCAAAAAGGAGCCUCUUGAUCGAAACUCUGGCAGAUGUGGACGACGAGAUCGCGGAAGCAUUCUUGGACGAACGAACACCCUCCCCAGAUGAAAUCAAGGCUGCUAUUCGCCGGGCAACCAUCAGCUUGAAAUUCUCCCCAGUGCUGAUGGGCUCAGCAUUGGCUGACAAGAGCGUUCAGCCCAUGCUAGACGCUGUUGUCGACUAUCUCCCCAAUCCAUCUGAAGUAGAGAACCUUGCCCUUGACCGAAGACGAGACGAGGCUCAGGUAAAGCUUGUAUCAUACAACAGUCUGCCAUUUGUCGGUCUUGCCUUCAAGCUGGAAGAGUCAAAUUUCGGCCAACUCACCUACAUCCGCGUCUACCAAGGGUCUCUCCGCAAGGGUCAAUUCGUUACCAGCGCUCGUACGGGCCAAAAGGUCAAGAUUCCCCGCAUUGUGCGCAUGCACUCCAACGAAAUGGAGGACGUGACCGAGAUUGGUGCAGGCGAGAUUUGUGCCGUUUUCGGCGUCGAUUGCGCUUCGGGAGAUACUUUCACAGACGGUGGCCUGGGCUACAGCAUGACCAGUAUGUUCGUCCCAGAUCCCGUUAUCUCUCUCUCCAUCCGGCCCAAGCACACGAAGGAUACACCAAACUUCAGCAAGGCCAUCUCGCGUUUCCAACGCGAAGAUCCCACCUUCCGCGUUCACGUGGACACCGAAUCCGGCGAGUCUAUCAUUUCCGGCAUGGGAGAAUUGCAUCUGGACAUCUACGUCGAGCGCAUGAAGCGUGAAUACAAGGUGGAAGUCGUCACCGGUCAGCCUCAGGUUGCAUACCGCGAGACGAUUAACCAGCACGUCAAAUUCGACCAUUUGCUCAAGAAGCAGACUGGUGGAUCUGGAGAUUACGCCCGUGUCGUCGGUUUCCUUGAGCCUACUGGAAACUUGGGCAACAACGAAUUCGAACAGCAGAUCGUCGGAGGCACCAUCGCCGAAAAGUACCUCUUGGCCUGUGACAAGGGUUUCCAAGCAUCUUGUGUGCAAGGUCCGCUACUUGGUCACAGAGUUCUCGGAACGAGCAUGGUCAUUAACGAUGGUGCGACGCAUAUGACUGAUUCCAGUGAACUUGCUUUCAAGAACGCUACACAGCAGGCUUUCCGCAAGGCUUUCUUGGCUGCACAACCGCAGGUCUUGGAGCCGCUGAUGAAGACGGUCAUUACCGCACCCAAUGAGUUCCAAGGAAACAUCGUCGGACUUCUAAACAAGAGGAAUGCUGUGAUCAACGAUACUGAGAUUGGCCCCGAGGAGUUCACUGUCACCGCGGAUUGCUCGCUUAAUGCCAUGUUCGGCUUCUCAUCGCAGUUGAGAGCGGCUAGUCAGGGCAAGGGUGAGUUCAGCAUGGAGUUCAGCCAUUAUUCGCCUGCGCCCAUGCAGCUGCAGAAAGAGCUUAUCGCCAAGCAUGAGAAAGAGAGGGCGGAGAAGAACAAGAAGUAG